GAAAUCCUGGUCUUCACGUUACUCAUGAUGUCCAGUUUUGCUUACGGUCGCAUUUCUGUGAUGUACGCCCACGACAAACUGAGUGACAUGGUGGCACAGCAAUGCUUAAACGAGAUGUACCCUAAGAACAAGAGGGUUGAGAUCCAGGAGUCUGAUGAACCCUGCAUCAUCUUCUGUGUCCUCAAGAAGUUCGGAAUCAUGAGUGCUACGGGUGUUAUUAAUUUGGAGAUUUAUAGAAAACGAGUGAAAAUAGCGCACCAAUUAGCUCAAAGGAACGGAAUCAGCGACUACGGAGGUACCUGCAUAGAAAACGCUGAGGCGACUCAACACAAGCAAGACGUUUGUAAAAAAGCUAAAGUCUUUAACGAUUGUACACAUUUAUACAGAAUCCUACUAUAGUAAUUUCUUCACGAUCCAAACAAAUCCGUCAUUUCUUCAGUAAAUAGAGCCAUUUACUAUCUGUCCGAAAUUUUGUACCCAUUAAUUAAUUAGAUUGUGGGUCCUGGGGUCUCAAGCCUCAAGCAAAAAGAGUGGUAAAUUAGACCCCGUCCUAAUUUACUUGAUCCAAAGUUUCCUUGAUAAAUAUGAAUCCUGGCUCUAAUUUCCUGUUGAGAUCUUUGACCUAAUAAAAAUGAAUUUUGUAUGAAACAAAUGAAUGUUUGAA